AUGCUGGAAUCUGCCGUACGGUUAGCUCUUAGGAAGUCAAUUCCAAAAGAGAAACUUAUCAAGCUUGAAAAAUUACAAUGUCAAAUAUUUCAUACGACAUAUAAUCCAACGAAGCAAAGAACUGGAGCUAAAAUUCUUCGGAAGCCAUUAAUAGGUCAAACUAUGGCUAGUUAUUAUGGUCCCGCAGAGUUUCCAAGUGUGUCAAGUAUUGCUCGUCUCUGGAAAGAUGACGAAUUUGAAAUUGUGAACGAACCAGAAGAGUACAGACUUGAAAGAAUUGAGACUCGUAAGAGAAGAGGGAAAGGUGCACCAAAGAAGAAAAGGGAGGCUGCUGGAAACAAGAAGAAGUGA